UCAAUUUCAACUCCAAGACUGGGGGUGGCGCUACUGCAACUUCGGUUCUGGCCUCCUUCACCGCGUCUUCAGGGUGAAGGAAUGGGGUGCAGCUUGUUUGGGAGCAGAGAGAACCACACGUAUUGUCCUGCACUUGUCCUGACAUAAAAAAGAAAAUACAAAACAAAAAAGAAUUACGUUUCCAUGAAAUAAUGAAGACUCUAGUCGACAGAAUACCCGACGUAUUACCCGAUGUUGGGAAUCUCAGGUCGCAUAUUUCUCUACGUUCUAGCAACUUACCUGCAGGACCUGAGUUUGAGAAGAGCGAGGAUGGUGUCAUCCUUCAAGGUCUACUUACAGGAAUUAUUAAAGAAGAAGAGGAAGAUGAUGGGUUCGGGUUGCAGGACAAUCCCAAUAUGGUGAAAAGUGAGGAUGGUGUCCUGCAGGGUCUAGCCACUGGGAAUAAAGAAGAAAUUGAAGAUUAUGAGGUUGCUGCUAUUAAUGGUGAAGCUGAUGCCUCAACAGAGCAGACGUCCUCCUCCUCAUCAUCAUCAUCAGAAGACAUCAAAGCUGAUCUGCUGCAGGGUCAAGAUGUGAAGUCAGACAUGACUCCAGUCCUGAGCUCUGAGAUGAAACUUCCUCCAGAUCUGGUGUCUCUAUUCCAGCUGAAGAGAGUAUCAGUGCGGCUCGUUGACUGCCGUACAGCACCUGGACACCAAGGACUGAUCAAGACCAACACCAGACGUGGACGAAAACCCACAUCUGAAGGGCCCUUCCACUGCCAACACUGUGGGAAAGCAUUCUCACAUGCAGGAAAUCUUAAGCAACACCAGCGCACCCAUACGGGAGAUAAACCAUACUACUGUCAAGAAUGUGGAAAUAAUUUCUCAUCGGCAUCAAGUCUCAAACAACACCAGCGCAUUCACACAGGAGAGAGGCCCUAUGGCUGCCGCCUGUGUGGAAAAUCUUUCGCACAUUCGAGUGUUCUCGAACAACAUCAGCGUAUUCACACAGGGGAGAAACCGUAUGCAUGUGAUCGGUGUGAAAGACGGUUCUCACAGCCGGAUCAUCUCAACCUUCAUCGGGUCGUUCACACGGGAGAGAAGCCAUAUCAGUGUCAACAUUGCGAGAAAAGUUUUGCGUGGGUUGCAAAUUUCAAACGGCACCAGCGUCUUCACACAGGAGAGAGACCCUAUCCUUGCCUGAAGUGUGGAAGGCGUUUUGCAAAUGUGAAUUCUCUAAGAGUUCAUCAACGCUUUCACAAUGGAGAAAGGCCAUAUCAUUGCAAACUAUGUGGGAAAGGUUUCGCACAGGCGUCACUGGUCAAACGCCACAUGCCUGUGCACACCGGGGAAAAACGGUACGAGUGCAAACAAUGUGGAAAGCGGUUUACACAGGCGGGAAAUCUCAAACAUCACCAACGUCUUCACUCCGCUAAGUCCUUUCAUUGCAAACAUUGUGGAUUGAGUUUUACACAGGCAGGAGGUCUGAAAGUACACCAGCGUGUUCACACAGGAGAAAAACCCUACCAGUGCCAACAUUGUGAAAAGCGAUUCGCUCAGACGGCAAAUCUCAAAGAACACGAGCGCAUGCACACUGGGGAGAAGCCAUACUGCUGCUCAAAGUGUGGGGUGAGCUUUGCAUAUUUGUCCAAUUUCAAUCGACACAAACGUCAAACAAGAUGCAAGCAUUAACAAUACCAAGGUUGUGGGAACACCUCAAAUGCCACCCCACCCAUCACACUUUUGUUACUGAUGAUUCAGCUUAUUCUGUUUCAUUUUCAAUUCAAGUUUAAAAUCAGUUAUGAUAGUUAUCAGCUAUGCUCAGAAUAGACCAAAUGUGUGCUUUUAAGGGUUGACUAAUUUAAUGUUGGGCAGUCGUGAGCUAAUGGUAAGGAAGGGACCCGGGAUCCCACCCUUACCUCUCCCUACAUCUGCGGGCUCCAUCCCCCAAGUGCCCUGGAGCAAGGUAUCUAACCCUAGCCUGGUUUUACCCGACCACAUUAAUUACUUCGUACUUCAUUUAUGGUUUGGAUCCUUGAUGCACUUGAGCACUUGGGUGGAAAAAGUGAGCUCAGCUCUGGUUUGAAAUUAACUCUGAUGGUUCGCUGACAGUUGACGGGUUCAUGGCGCAUGUUAUUAUGCUCCCAAGUGUGUUCGCUUGUGGCGUCUGGUAGACAACUGAAACCCCUCCCCCAGAGAGGCGUCAUCAGACCAUUCAUGAAUUACGAAGUAAUUCCAAAUGAUUUAUUCAUGAAUUACGAAGUAAUUCCAAAUGAAUUAUUCAUGAAUUACGAAGUUAUUUCAAAUGAAUGGUCUGCCCUGACAGUCUAGGCCAGGGGUGGGGAACCUAUGUCUCGAGGGCUGUUUGCGGCUCUUGAGGCCGUUUUGUCCGUCCCCCGAUAUGAUUUUAAUGUUAUGCAACUUCACAUGAAAUAUGACGUAUUUUGUAAAGGAAUAUUUCCAAUGCAAGUAAGUUAUAUUCAGGGGACCUAGAGAAUGUGGGGACUGUUUUAAAAGUGUCUACCUUCAAUAUAGGCCUAAAUUGCAUGGGGAAAUCCUGAUUUGUG